UCCUUUUGAAAGUUCAACACUCUACGUCUGUCCAAUAAAAACGAACCAACUGGAAAAUGAGAUGAUGCUAAUGAAAUCUGUAUUGGGUGUGUAUAAGUAUUGUACUCCUCUGAAUGCUUUCAAAAUAACACAUUCUCUCAUCCACUCUAGCGUUGUGAGACAUUUAUUUUUCAGGCAUGUGAUUACGUAUUCAUUCACUUUAUAAUAUGUAGUAUAUUUUACACUCAUAUCUAAUGGUGCAUUCAGAUGCUGCGACGGCAGUUGGAGAAAUAGACAUGAUUAGCAAUUUGCAUGAAAGCAUUCUGGGUCACAUACUCUCUUUCCUUCCAACUAUUGAAUCAGUUCAGACUGGUGUGUUAUCAAGAAGGUGGAUUGAUGCUUGGACAUCAAUAAUAAAUCUUAAGUUUGAUGACAGUUUGCUGUUUCAUGGCAAGAAAAUGCAGAGAGAGCAGUUUGUGUGUUUUGUGAACAGAGUGCUUCUUCACCUUGCUAAUUCAACCAUCCAGAGUUUCUCUCUUUGUUUAACAUCUUUUAAUCAUGACUCAUCUCAGGUGAAUGCAUGGAUCUCUUCUGUUUUACAUAGAGGACUCCAGAAGCUUCACAUUCAGUGUUAUGAUAAAGUCCUUCUUUCUUCACAUUCCCUAUUUAGCUGCAAUUCUCUUGUAGAAUUGAAGCUUCAAAUGAAAUGCACUCUAAAUGUUCCCAUCUCUGCUUUUCUCCCAAACCUUCAAAGUUUUAGCAUUUCGGGGGUGAAACUAGUGAGUGAUUCCCCUACUGAUUCCAAAGACAUAACUCUCAGCUUCCCCGUUCUCAAAGUGUUUGAAGCUAGAGGGUGUGAGUGGUUAACAAUGCAGGACAUUAGUAUUCAAGCACCUCUACUUGAAAAGUUUUCCAUAGCCAUUUGGAACACCCACUCAAAUGGAAAAUGUAAACCUGCCAUCAAGGAUUUUAGUUCUAAACUAACCGAUUUCUCUUAUGAGGGUGAUCUUGAACAAGAGAUCAAUCUGCUUCAUCCGUCAUCGAUUCGCAGUGCUUCUGCUGUGAUUGUUGUUGAUGAAGAUAGAAAGGACAGAUUAUCAAUGGAAAAACUAGUGUUUCAAGCACAAAUGUUUCUCAGACAAUUCCAUCAAGUGGAGCGACUGAAAUUGUUGUUUUACAAGGUCUUAAUCCAUGCUAAAGAUGUCUUCACUCAUUUGCCUGCCUUUGGAAAGUUGACUUAUCUGCAACUAAACGAGGUUACCGGUGAAGCUCUGUUUCACUUGCUCCACCAUUCCCCAUUUCUUAGCAAUCUUGAUUUGCUUAACGGAGUAUCUGACUUAAAUGAAGAUGUCUUGAAGGCUCCAGCAGUACCUGUUUGCUUUUUGUCAAGCUUCAAAGUAUUUCAGUUUAAUGGAUUUAAUGUGAAAGAGCAUGAGCUUUCUCUGGUGAAAUUCGUGUUAGCAAAUGCAGCAGUCUUGGAGCAGAUGAAAAUAUGUACAGCUUUUUGGCUGCGAUAUUCAGAUAUUAACAUGGAGAAAGUUAAGCAGCAGAUACUCUCUUUACCUAAACGUUCCAGCUUUUCCAUGAUUGAAUUUUGUAAUGCCAAAGGUUCCUGAAGAUUUCAUAACAUUCAAACGGGAAAGUGUAUGCGUGAUUUAUAACUCGGAUAAAUGGUAGGGUACAAGAUUUAAAACCCGGAUGUGUUAUUUUUUGUUUUAGAAAGAAGAAACGAAAUCUUCACUGAUGUGGGACUUGAAUUGUUUUUCUUGUCUGGAAAGAACAGUGUCUACAACACUCCAAACUCUAUGGCUUUGCCCUUCACAAGCCUCUUGAUAAUGUUGCGGUGCUAUGUUUUUGUUCCAAACAGAGUGAAAAGGUAAGGGAUUGGAAGGGGAAGUGUGAAACAAAGAAGGAAAGAGAGAAAGAAAAGCUUAAACAGAGAAACAAUGAAACUUUGUAUUCCGGGAAUUAUAAUCUCGGAAUAUUUGAAAAUGCAUAUCGUGUUUUAGAUCUAGGAAGAAAAUGGUAGUUAUGUUCCGGGUUUAUUUCUCAAAACAAUAACUUGUUACGUGUCCGGGUUUUCAGAACCCGGUAGUGAAUUUAAGUAAGGACAUUUUAAUAUUUUAUUACAUUAAAGUGGGGUGAGAAAUUGAGUGGUGUGGGUGUUAAACUUAACACCCUUACGAAUUAUUCUACGUGGUAUAAACAAUUUCAACCUCUUCUUGUUC